AUGGCCACCGGCCCGAAGAUAGUGCACAAGCAGUUCAACUCGCCCAUCGGGCUGUACUCACAACAGAACAUACAAGAAACACUCAACAAGCAUCUGCAGAACCUCGACAACGGCACUGUUGGAAUUGACUUCAACAACCCCGGCGCCAACAAGCCCGCUAAUCUUGCAAACUCUGCCGUUCUGCGUAUGCUAGAGGAGGAAGAACGCAACCGCAAGGGACUCCCAAGCCAGAAGAAAGUGGUGUGGCCGCCGGCCCCUGAAACCAACGGCUACCAUCAAUCCCAGCAGCAGAGCCCCGCGUUCUACAACGCACAGCACUCCCCAUCGCAACAGCCACCGCAGAGCCAGCCCCAGUACCAAUCCCAGCCCCAGCCCCAGCCCCAGUACCAGUCCCAGUCCCAGCCCCAGCCCCAAUACCAGCCCCAGCCCCAUUACACACCCGAGCCUCAGUACCAAUCCCAGCCCCAACCCCAAUACCAAGCGUUCAGCGAGGGCAAGCGCCAAGAGGCCACAGGGCUGAGUAAGCUGAUCCCGGUCGGGCCGGGCGCUAGUGUCUCCCCAGUUGCCCCUUACCGCCAGGGCCCGCUAUCGCCGCAGCCCUAUCGCCAACAGAGCAGCCGCUGGGCCCCCGUACCGGCCCCAUCUUCUCCACAGCCGCAAUAUUCGCCGCAGCCCCAGUUUUCACCACAGCCUCAACACUCGGAGCCGUUGUACCAACCACCACAGAAACAGUUCGAGCCGCCUCCGUCCACAAUAACCCUUCGUCAACACCAACCAGUCCACCAAAAACCACCGCCCGUGUUCCCCAGUCAGCCUGCGGCAGCUUCUUUCAAAGGGGGAGUCAACAUGCGUGGAGAUCAGAAAUGGCCGCCUCAGUCGGUGAAGGAAGCCGUGGCGGCAGAAAAUGAGGCGAGAAUGAUGCUCGCCAAAGGACCAGCUUGCAGACCACGCAAGAUAAAGAAAGAUUACUCUGGCUUCUUCGCACAGCACGCCCUAAAUCACAACUAUCCCGGUUACCGCGCCCCGCCCGGCACUCAGCACUACGAGGACCAUUCUGGCCGAUCUUCGUAC